CGGCUACUAUAUCCUGCAUGCACACUGCCACCACCAUGUAGUUACGCAGAACUCACUCCACUCAGCGUGAACAACUUCUCGGCUGAUUUUUCUGGCUUUAGAGUUUCGAUAGCCACCGCUUGGAUCAAUCAACAUGGAUUCCAACGACAUCGCAGAACCGGGGAAAAUGAGGCUGCCGCCAGAGAUCCUGAUGCAAAUCAUCGAAUCCAUUGCGCCGUCCUCUCACUCUGUCAUCCUGCCUGCUACCCAUCCGACAACAAAGGCAUGGCUGGCAUGGUCACUCGUCUGUCAUGCGACAAGCUCUGUUGCGGUGAAUCUCUUAAGGAAGCAUUGCGUUUACCUCGAUUCUCAAAAACGGCUAGGUGACUUUGUGAAGGCCAUCUUGCCUGGGUCUCAUUUACCGUCCGUACCAGCCCCGGCGCAUUGGCCUCUUCACCCAUUCUUGCCACUCCCGGGGCACUGGAAUGUCACCGCCAUAUAUCUCGCCCCGGAAGGGACAUCGAUGAGCGCAAUAAUUGGACGAUGGAUACGGUAUCUAUGCUAUUCGGUCUACGGCACCCUUCGCAGACUCGUCGUUAAUCUACCCUCCCCUAUAGCCUUCCCGCUGGAGAACUCCAUAGGCCACCAUCCGGUCAUUUGGGAGGGGUUCGACCAACUAAGCCAGUUGGAAGAAUUCGUGAGCCUUCGCGACGAUCUCUACUUCCCGGACCGGAACUGGUCGCGCUGGUUGCGCUAUCCAACAUGGACGUAUUGGCCGAAGUUAAAGCGUCUCGCGCUUUACAACCUCGACGCGAACUUCAAGUUCUGGCAGGAGAUGGCAGGGUUGGAGAUGUUGGAGCAACUGGUCCUCGCUCGUACAAGCAGCAUGGUACAAAGAAUCUCGUUUACGUCAUAUACUGGCCUCACUACCAGACCGCUCAAAGUCGUACUGGCCAAUGUGGAAUCGGAGCAGCCUCAAGGGCUUCUGGAAGCUCUGGAGCCUCCUUGGGUUGAGCAAGCGACGCCUUUGGAUGUCAUGGUAUACGACAUUCCUACCUCGUUCUAUGGGGAUGAAGAGCCGGGCGAGCUGUGCCAGAGCUGGGCUACUUCGCACGCGGUUCAAGGUACGAUUUGGGAUUGGCAAGGCGAACAUGUCGCUGUCGAAUGGAAGGAACAACAAAAUACACAGGAGUGAGAUAUCCA